AGUAACGUUACCACUUCGUCGUCCAUUUCCCAUCUCACGGACUCAAAAGUAGAUGAGCAAGAGGAAGCGAGCGAUUCGACGACUUCUCAAUCCGUUUUUCUCUGGUCUGGUUUCUCCCUGAUCUUCUUUCAUUGAUCAAUUAUCUUCUUCUUCUUUUUCUUCGAUCGAUCGCUGCUUCGAUUGCUUGAUCGGGAGGUUUCAGUGGUCUCGGUGAUGUGAUGUGACGCCAGAUCUGUAUACCCGACGCUGCUUCCGAUCCGAUUCUGAUCCGAAGAGAUCUCGUGUCGCCGUGCUUCGAUGGCGGGCGCCGUCUCGGCGCUGUUCCUCCUCGACAUCAAGGGCCGUGUCCUCAUAUGGCGGGAUUACCGCGGGGACGUAUCUGCAGUACAGGCCGAACGCUUCUUUACCAAGCUCAUCGAAAAGGAGGGGGACUCGGAGUCGCAGUCGCCUGUGGUGUUCGAUGGUGGGAUCAGUUAUAUGUUCGUCCAACACAAUAAUGUCUUCCUAAUGACCGCUGCGAGGCAGAAUUGUAAUGCUGCUAGCAUUCUUCUCUUCCUACAUCGCGUCAUUGAUGUGUUUAAACAUUAUUUCGAGGAGCUGGAGGAAGAAUCCUUGAGAGACAAUUUUGUAGUUGUGUAUGAGUUGCUUGAUGAGAUGAUGGACUUUGGUUUCCCUCAAUACACUGAAGCUAAGAUUCUGAGUGAAUUCAUUAAGACGGAUGCGUAUAGGAUGGAAGUCGUACAGAGGCCUCCAAUGGCUGUCACAAAUGCAGUAUCAUGGCGCAGUGAAGGCAUUCGUUACAAGAAAAAUGAAGUGUUCUUGGAUGUUGUUGAAAGUGUAAAUAUUCUUGUCAACAGCAAUGGACAGAUUAUCCGUUCUGAUGUUAUUGGGGCGUUGAAGAUGAGAACAUAUUUGAGUGGCAUGCCUGAGUGUAAACUUGGGCUGAAUGACCGAGUACUAUUGGAAGCUCAAGGGAGGACAACCAAGGGAAAAGCUAUAGAUUUAGAUGAUAUCAAGUUUCAUCAGUGUGUGCGAUUGGCACGUUUUGAGAAUGACAGGACAAUAUCCUUCAUACCACCUGAUGGGUCUUUUGACCUAAUGACAUACAGACUCAGCACUCAGGUAAAACCUCCAAUCUGGGUGGAGGCUCAAGUUGAGAGGCACUCAAGAAGUCGCGUAGAGAUCACAAUUAAGGCAAGAAGUCAGUUCAAGGAAAGAAGCACUGCCACAAAUGUGGAAAUUGAGUUGCCUGUGCCUUCAGAUUCCACCAAUCCCAACAUUCGGACAUCCAUGGGUUCUGCUUCAUACGCUCCAGAAAAUGAUGCGUUGGUCUGGAAAGUAAAAUCUUUUCCUGGUGGCAAGGAAUACAUGUGUAGGGCAGAAUUUAGUCUUCCCAGUAUCACUGCGGAAGAGGCGACUCCAGAGAAAAAAGCUCCUAUACGUGUGAAGUUUGAGAUUCCAUAUUUCACCGUGUCUGGUAUACAGGUUCGUUACCUUAAAAUCAUCGAGAAGAGUGGAUACCAAGCUCUACCUUGGGUGAGAUACAUCACAAUGGCGGGAGAAUAUGAACUGAGGCUCAUCUAAUUAAGAACGCCCAACUGCUUGCCGUUCGGCACUUGCAUUCAAGAUUUCAAGCUUUUUUGUAAGGAUUAAAAGCUUGUUCAAAAUGCUCUCUGUUCAUUUUUUUUUUCAGAGAAUGUAUUGAUAGCUUGAUUACAAUUAUUCCCAAUUUCCUUUCCCUUCAUGUCAGUAAAUAAAAUGUUCUUGUAUUCGACUA